UUUAAUUAAAAAAUCUGAUUUUUUAACUUUCGUAUUGCGUCUAAAUAAGUAAAUACUGUGGAUUAAAUUUUUUUCUAGGGGUUUCAAUUGAUAAUUCAACAUUAAAAGUUAUAUAGAAAAUUAACCAGUAAAAAUUAAUAUGGCUGAGGUAGACCCUAUUAUUAAGAUGUCUCUUAAAUUACUGCAUUCAAAUGCCCCGGAUUCUGCCGAAAAGCUUAGAAUUACUUUGGACGAAAUAAUUAAGCAACGGUUUGGAUAUUCAAAGACAUUGAUUAACACAUUGAAUAAGAAAUUCCUUACCGAAGAAACAACAUUCCCUAGGACCAUUAAACAAACAGAAAAAGUUGAUUCGCCAGGUAUUCCUGAAGAAACUAUUAGCAUACAUUCUGAAGAGGAAAAUCUUACAGAAUUCGGAGAUUUAGUUUGCGUGCUUUGUGGUGCAAUGGUUUUAACUGCGGGGAAUCGCUUAGUUGAAUGUAACACUUGUCAAAAAUUGUACCAUCAGGAAUGUCACAAACCAAAUAUCACUGACGCAGAUGCGAACGAUGAAGACUGGUGUUGUAGUUCAUGUAACAAAAUUGUUCCAGUUGAAACAAAUUUUCCAAUUUCAACACCAUCAUCUUCUGCUUCUUCCUCACCGUAUCAUCGUACCCAAGAUUCAUCUCCAACUCAUAGCAAAAGUUCAAAGGGAAAAUCUUCUAAAGAUGUGUCUUCAACCGCGAGCAGAUCAAAAAACUCUAGUUCCCCAUCUUUUACAUCUAACUCAGAAAAGACGCACAAGAAAAGAUCAAAAAAUAAGAAAUAAGUACACACAAAAUAAAAUUAUUUUUCACUAUUUAAAAACUUGUAUUUUGACUUCAUUUACAUAAAU